AUGCGUCGUCGUGUCCCCACAACGCCCCGCUAUCCUGACAGUCAGGCCCACGAUUCCACGCGCGGGAAGCCCGUUUCUCAAGCCCACGUUUCUCCUCCCUGCGCGCGCACCGUUCCGGUAAGCCCGCGCGGGAACCUCUCGCCACCCCGCGCGCGCUCUUCUCGCCUUCCGCGCGGUAUCCCAUCGCAUCCCAGCGCGCGCUCCUCUUACCGCCCCGCUCGGCCUCCUCUCACCAUCCAGCGCGUGCUCCUCUCGCCUCCCCUCGCGUGCUCCUCUCGCCUUCAAUGCUCGCGAAUCUCUUGCCUCCCCGCGCGGCCGCCUCUCGCCUCCCCGCGCAGCCUCCUCCCGCCAUCCCUCGCGCGCCCCUCUCGCCUCCCCGCGCGUGCUCCUCUCUUCUCACCUACUCGUUCUCCUCUCGCCUCCCCUCGCGCGCCCCUCAAGCCUCCCCGCGCGUGCUCCUCUCUCCUCACCUACUCGUUCUCCUCUCGCCUCCCCUCGCGCGCCCCUCAAGCCCCCCCGCGCGUGCUCCUCUCUCCUCACCUACUCGUUCUCCUCUCGCCUCCCCUCGCGCGCCCCUCAAGCCUCCCCGCGCGUGCUCCUCUCUCCUCACCUACUCGUUCUCCUCUCUCUUCACCUUGCAUGCCUCCCACGCCUCCCCGCGCGUGCUCCUCACUCCUCACCCUGCGUGCUCCUCUCGCCUCCCCGCGCGUGCCCCUCUCUCCUCACCUCCAAUGCUCUUCGAUCGCCAACCUUGCGCGUGCCCCUCUCUCCUCACCCUGCGUGGGCUCCCCUCUCCUCACCUUGCGUGCUCCCCUCUCCUCACCUUGCGUGCUCCCUCUCCUCACCUUGCGUGCUCCCUUCUCCUCACCUUGCGUGCUCCCCUCUCCUCACCUUGCGUGCUCCCCUCUCCUCACCUUGCGUGCUCCCCUCUCCUCACCUUGCGUGCUCCCCUCUCCUCACCUUGCGUGCUCCCCUCUCCUCACCUUGCGUGCUCCCUCUCCUCACCUUGCGUGCUCCCCUCUCCUCACCUUGCGUGCUCCCCUCUCCUCACCUUGCGUGCUCCCCUCUCCUCACCUUGCGUGCUCCCUCUCCUCACCUUGCGUGCUCCCCUCUCCUCACCUUGCGUGCUCCCCUCUCCUCACCUUGCGUGCUCCCCUCUCCUCACCUUGCGUGCUCCCCUCUCCUCACCUUGCGUGCUCCCCUCUCCUCACCUUGCGUGCUCCCCUCUCCUCACCUUGCGUGCUCCCCUCUCCUCACCUUGCGUGCUCCCCUCUCCUCACCUUGCGUGCUCCCCUCUCCUCACCUUGCGUGCUCCCUCUCCUCACCUUGCGUGCUCCCCUCUCCUCACCUUGCGUGCUCCCCUCUCCUCACCUUGCGUGCUCCCCUCUCCUCACCUUGCGUGCUCCCUCUCCUCACCUUGCGUGCUCCCCUCUCCUCACCUUGCGUGCUCCCCUCUCCUCACCUUGCGUGCUCCCCUCUCCUCACCUUGCGUGCUCCCUCUCCUCACCUUGCGUGCUCCCCUCUCCUCACCUUGCGUGCUCCCCUCUCCUCACCUUGCGUGCUCCCCUCUCCUCACCUUGCGUGCUCCCCUCUCCUCACCUUGCGUGCUCCCCUCUCCUCACCUUGCGUGCUCCCCUCUCCUCACCUUGCGUGCUCCCCUCUCCUCACCUUGCGUGCUCCCUCUCCUCACCUUGCGUGCUCCCCUCUCCUCACCUUGCGUGCUCCCCUCUCCUCACCCUGCGUGCUCCCCUCUCCUCACCUUGCGUGCUCCCCUCUCCUCACCUUGCGUGCUCCCCUCUCCUCACCUUGCGUGCUCCCUCUCCUCACCUUGCGUGCUCCCCUCUCCUCACCUUGCGUGCUCCCCUCUCCUCACCUUGCGUGCUCCCCUCUCCUCACCUUGCGUGCUCCCCUCUCCUCACCUUGCGUGCUCCCCUCUCCUCACCUUGCGUGCUCCCCUCUCCUCACCUUGCGUGCUCCCCUCUCCUCACCUUGCGUGCUCCCCUCUCCUCACCUUGCGUGCUCCCUCUCCUCACCUUGCGUGCUCCCCUCUCCUCACCCUGCGUGGGCUCCCGUCUCCUCACCUUGCGUGCUCCCCUCUCCUCACCUUGCGUGCUCCCUCUCCUCACCUUGCGUGCUCCCCUCUCCUCACCUUGCGUGCUCCCCUCUCCUCACCUUGCGUGCUCCCCUCUCCUCACCUUGCGUGCUCCCUCUCCUCACCUUGCGUGCUCCCCUCUCCUCACCUUGCGUGCUCCCCUCUCCUCACCUUGCGUGCUCCCCUCUCCUCACCUUGCGUGCUCCCCUCUCCUCACCUUGCGUGCUCCCUUCUCCUCACCUUGCGUGCUCCCCUCUCCUCACCUUGCGUGCUCCCUCUCCUCACCUUGCGUUCUCCCUCUCCUCACCUUGCGUGCUCCCCUCUCCUCACCUUGCGUGCUCCCUCUCCUCACCUUGCGUGCUCCCCUCUCCUCACCUUGCGUGCUCCCCUCUCCUCACCUUGCGUGCUCCCCUCUCCUCACCUUGCGUGCUCCCCUCUCCUCACCUUGCGUGCUCCCUUCUCCUCACCUUGCGUGCUCCCCUCUCCUCACCUUGCGUGCUCCCUCUCCUCACCUUGCGUUCUCCCUCUCCUCACCUUGCGUGCUCCCCUCUCCUCACCUUGCGUGCUCCCCUCUCCUCACCUUGCGUGCUCCCCUCUCCUCACCUUGCGUGCUCCCUCUCCUCACCUUGCGUGCUCCCCUCUCCUCACCUUGCGUGCUCCCUCUCCUCACCUUGCGUGCUCCCCUCUCCUCACCUUGCGUGCUCCCCUCUCCUCACCUUGCGUGCUCCCCUCUCCUCACCUUGCGUGCUCCCUCUCCUCACCUUGCGUGCUCCCCUCUCCUCACCUUGCGUGCUCCCCUCUCCUCACCUUGCGUGCUCCCCUCUCCUCACCUUGCGUGCUCCCCUCUCCUCACCUUGCGUGCUCCCUUCUCCUCACCUUGCGUGCUCCCCUCUCCUCACCUUGCGUGCUCCCUCUCCUCACCUUGCGUUCUCCCUCUCCUCACCUUGCGUGCUCCCCUCUCCUCACCUUGCGUGCUCCCCUCUCCUCACCUUGCGUGCUCCCCUCUCCUCACCUUGCGUGCUCCCCUCUCCUCACCUUGCGUGCUCCCCUCUCCUCACCUUGCGUGCUCCCUCUCCUCACCUUGCGUGCACCCCUCUCCUCACCUUGCGUGCUCCCCUCUCCUCACCUUGCGUGCUCCCCUCUCCUCACCUUGCGUGCUCCCCUCUCCUCACCUUGCGUGCUCCCUUCUCCUCACCUUGCGUUCUCCCCUCUCCUCACCUUGCGUGCUCCCCUCUCCUCACCUUGCGUGCUCCCCUCUCCUCACCUUGCGUGCUCCUCUAUCCUCACCUUGCGUGCUCCUCUAUCCUCACCUUGCGUGCUCCUCUAUCCUCACCUUGCGUGCUCCUCUCUCCUCACCUUGUGGCCUCCUCUCUCCUCACCUUGCGUGCUCCUCUCUCCUCACCUUGCGUGCGCCUCUCUCCUCACAAUACAUGCGACCAUACUGGAUUAAAGGGAGGGACCGUCUCCUUGCGACGCUUCGUGAAAUGGCUCCGCUACCACCCACUUUCGACGUAUGCGGGUCCCUACCACUUCCCACUAUCCUGACAGGGGCGCCCACGUUUCCUCACUCGGGAAUCCCGUGCACACGCACACGUUUCUCCUCCCAGCGCGCGCACCUGCCUGGUAAGCCCGCGCGAGAUCCUCUCGCCUCCCGCGUGCGCUCUUCUCGCCACUCGCGCGGCAUCCUAUCGCCCCCCCGCACGCGCUCCUCUUGCCUCCCCGCGCGUCCUCCUCUCACCAUCCCUAGCGUGCUCCUCUCGCCUCCCCUCACGUGCUCCUCUCUCCACACCAUGCGUGCACCUCUUUCCUGUACCUCGCGUCCUCCUCUCUCCUCACCUCGCGUCCUCCUCUCUCCUCACCUCGCGUCCUCCCCUCUCCUCACCUUGCGUGCUCCUCUCUCCUCACCUCACGUCCUCCUCUCUCCUCACCUCACGUCCUCCUCUCUCCUCACCUCGCGUCCUCCUCUCUCCUCACCUCGCGUCCUCCUCUCUCCUCACCUUGCGUCCUCCUUUCAACUCACCGCACGUCCACCUUUCUACUCACCUUGCGUCCUCCUUUCAACUCACCGCACGUCCACCUUUCUACUCACAUUGCGUCCUCCUUUCCUCCAAAUCACCAACAGUGAGGAUCUAGGAGGCGUGAGGGACUUCACCUUCUCUCUCCACGCUGCCUCCGCGUCUCGCGACAGCCUCCGUUGGCGUCGCUGA